UGGAAUCCAACCUUUCCUCUAGUGAAGGAGGGGCUUAUCCAGAGGACUAACAUCUAGUUGGACCAGGAGUCAGGGAGGAGAUCAGAUUUUUGAUCUGAGAUUUGAAUAAGGCAUAGAAAGUUGGCCAAGAAAGCAAAUGAAGACUCCAAACAGAGGGGUGGCAUGGACAGGGAGGGUGAGUGUACCUGGCUCAUCUGAGAAAGUGUUUCAGGUUCAUAUGGCAAGAAAAAAAGUGGGGCUAGGACUUAAUGCCUGUGUGGCUUGCAAAGGGAGUUUGAUUUUGUCCUGAAACCAUGGGAGAUGCUGAAAAGUUUUAAGUCAGGGAAGGACCCAACUGCAAGAAUGGUCUGGGGAAUAACAACUACCAUGUGGUAGAAAUUGCAUGGUAUUCAUUUCUUUUCCUCGGGGUACAUGGCUAGACUACAUCUCCCUGAUCACUUGCAGUCAGGGAAAGCAAUGUGACUGUGUUCUAGCCCAUCAAAUAUAGAUGAAACAGAUAUUUACCAUUUUUAGGUCCAAUCUAUAAUAACCUCCUGCAAAACCCUCCAUAUUGUCUCUUUCUCUAUUUGCUGGAUGAUAUUCAAGGACUUAGAUGGGGAAGCUCCAAGAUGGAAGUGGUCUGGAUCCCUGAAUCACCCUGAGUCAUCAUUUGGUGAAGAGCCUGCUAUGUACUAUUAUGGCAUCUGAAGGAAGGUCUAAGAAACAUCUCAAACCACAUGUCGUGGGAGGGAGAGAAUAGAGCUAAAGAUAACUGGAAGAAAGCAGAUUUUGAAACUAUCUAAGGUGAGAAGAUGUUCAACAGAAGUCCUGGAUUCCCAAGCUUCAUGCUGAGAAAGGCUGUCAACAAACUGUCCCAACUAUGUCUAGAUAUAUCCAUGUCGGUCCUGAAACAGAUACUUUUCAUCUACACAAACACGGGGCCACCACCCAUGAGGACUUUAUUGGCUUCUAAGCACUGUCCGUGACCCUCUGCAGCCCUUUAAAAGAGGCAGAGCCUGUAGUGUGGGACCAGCGGAGACAAGAGUGCCCAGGACAACAGGUACGGGUUUCCCAGCAGUUCAGGCAAGAUCCUGGGGCUUGUGCCAACCUAUCCCGAUGUCUGUAGAGGUAGCUAUGUGUGACUUUGGCAAUGUCAAGGUGAAGGAGCCGAGUGUAGGUGACAGGUGGCGUGUGUCCCGGUACAAGCGGCUGGUGCAGCCCUGCCUGGCUGAGCUUCUGGGCUCUGCCCUCUUCAUCUUCAUCGGCUGCCUGUCUGUCAUCGAGAAUGGGCUGGACACUGGGCUGCUGCAGCCAGCCCUGGCCCACGGGCUGGGCCUGGGCACCAUCAUUGCCACACUGGGGAACAUCAGUGGGGGACACUUGAACCCUGCGGUGUCCCUGGCAGCCAUGCUGAGUGGAGGCCUCACCCUGAUGAUGCUCAUUCCCUACUGGAUCUCCCAGCUGCUUGGGGGGCUGAUCGGGGCUGCCCUGGCCAAGGUGGUGAGUCGUGAGGAGAGGUUCUGGAACACAUCUGGGGCAGCCUUUGCGACAGUCCAGGAGGAGGGGCAGGCGGUGAGGGCGUUGGUGGCGGAAGUCAUCCUGACAAUGCUGGCCCUGAUCGUGUGCACAGGCACCACCAAAGAAAGGACCACACGCCCUGUGGCCCCAAUCUACAUCGGCCUCACUGUCACUGUGGCCAUCCUGGCAGGGGGUAAUGUGUCUGGAGCCUGCAUGAACCCUGCCCGUGCCUUUGGACCUGCUGUCAUGGCCAACUACUGGGGCUUCCACUGGAUCUACUGGCUGGGACCACUCCUAGCUGCCCUGCUGGUGGGACUGUUCAUUAGGACAGGACAGCUUCUGCAUUUCCUGCCAGGACAGAGGCCCAGAGGAGAAAAUUGCUUGCUUCCACUGACUCAGGCUCGGCUUCUGAGACACACAGACUGCUGCUCAGUCCUGAGGACGCUCUAGGUUCCUGGAGUUCCUUUGUGGUCAUCAGAGACUCAGUCUGGGAGCAUGUUGCCAGCACUGCCCAGAGAGAGGUGGAAACAGCACAGCAGAAGAGUUUUCUCCAGAGGAAACUCUGGUGUUGGGAGAGGAGGCCGUUUCUGUACAUCAGCUCAUUUCCUGCACCCCGUCGGUCUCCUUCUCUUGUUCCUUGGUUCCCCUGUUACAGAAGGGCCUUGUGGGGCCUGACUACUUACCCUGUUUCCUGAGCUGACAAUCUCACUUUAUAAUAAAUAGUCCAGUGUUUCCUUCCACAUAUCCAUGAGCUU